AUGUGGUGGCUACUGAAAACAAUUUGGCUUGUUCAUGUAAUUGGAAACAUACUUUGUUUGUUGAAACCCAAACCGAAGAACCCUGAAGCCAAUAUGAAUAUUAGUGAGAUUAUUUCCUAUUGGGGCUAUAAAUGGGAAGUGUAUGAAGUUGUGAGUGGUGAUGGUUACAUUCUUCCAAUUUACCGGAUUCCAUGCGGGAAGAACGAGACCAUGGAUUCAUCCCCAAAGACAGUAGUGUAUUUGCAGCAUGGCUUGACUCUAUCUGCUUCUGCUUGGAUUCUCAACCCUCCCAGUAGCAGCUUGGGCUUCCUUCUGGCAGAUGCUAAUUUUGAUGUGUGGCUGGGGAACAGCAGAGGCAAUAAUUAUGCCAUGAAACAUGUGUACCUAGACCCAAAUUCUGAAGCAUUCUGGGAUUUUAGUUUUGAUGAACAAAUAAAAUUUGACAUUCCAGCCAUCAUUGAUUUCAUUGUGAACAAGACAGGACAGAAACAAAUCUACUAUGUUGGCCAUUCCCAGGGCACCCUUCUUGCUUAUGGGGCAUUUGCAACAAACCCACAGGUGGCACAGAAAAUUAAAGCCAACCUUGCCCUGGCCCCUGUUGUGACUACCAGGUAUCUGUCAGGUGCCUUUCGCACGAUUGCAUACGUUGACCCAACAGUGAUCAAGCAAGUUUUUGGAGAAAAGGAUAUAAUGACCGGAAAAGAUGACAACCAUAUCAUUCAGUUCAUUUGCCAUCGGCAGACAAUCGGAACUGUUUGUAAUAAUCUACUGACACUGCUAUUCGGAUAUAAUCCCCAAAAUUUAAAUGAGAGUCGUAUUGAUGUGUAUGCUGGGCAAAUUCCGGCAGGAACUUCAGUUAGGAGUAUACUUCAUUUUGCUCAGGGAAUCAGAACCGGUUUAGUCCAAGCUUAUAACUGGGGCAGUGAGGCUCUAAACAUGCAGCACUACAAUCAGUCUACUCCUCCAAUAUACAACUUGGAGAACAUGAAGGUUCAAACUGUCAUAUGGAGUGGUGUAAACGAUAUUUUGGCAAAUCCCAUGGAUGUUAAAAACUUGGCAGCUAAAACCAACAAUCUAGUUUAUCACGAGAAGACUGAAAAGUAUAAUCAUGUGGAUUUUCUAAUUGGUAAAGAUGUUACUAUGCUUCAUAUGUCCAAAAGUCUUCAGAUUCCUUCAUUGGAUGCUUUUAAUCUCUUGGAAAGAACAAAAGAAAACCAGGCUCAGCCUUAA